AUGUUGCCUAGAAAACAAUUGUCUGGUCAUCUAAAACAAAAAAUAAAGAAACUAAAUGAAAUUGAUAAUAAAUCUCAAAAGGGUGUUAGUCAUAAUUUUUUUGGAAAACACCCUACAAUUUCUAUUUCAAAUGAUGCAAAUCUAAGUAAUUUGAACCUUGAAGCUGGAAGUUUAGAGAAUGAACAACUAAAUAAGAUUGUUGAAGAGCAAAAUAUUUUGGUUGAAAACAAUGAAAAUGAAGAUGAUGAUGAAGCUCGAAAUUUGAAUGAUGAAGGUUAUAAUAAUGAAAAUGAACAUAUCCCUGUUUUUGUUGAUGAACAACCUAAUGAGUCUAUUCUAUUGGACAUUUAUGACCCAAGAACAUGGAAUAACCUUAGCAAUGGCUUAAGAUAUGAAUUACUAAGAAAUGGUCCUAAAAGAGAUGUGUCAAUUGUGAAUGGUACUAAUGAUACUUUUGAUAGGCAUUUCUCAUCAUCAUGUUAUAUCCGUUAUUGUUCAAAUGGAGAAGAGGAAGAUAGAAAUUGA